CCAACCUCGAAACCUUGCCUCCACAACCCAAACCUCGCAAACCUCUGCUCGACUUCAAUCUUCUUGACGUCGACGCCAUCAAUUCGCCUCCAGCACUUCAAAGCUUUACCAUCUCUACCUCAAUACCGAGUUAUCGCAUCUGAGCAGGCUCUCGAUAUCUCUGUCUUUUUUUUUAUUCAUCUGCUCCAACGCACAUCUGCGACCCCUCUUCAUAUAUCUCUACAUUCUCCUCUUUCCACACAUCCAACUCCAGCAAAAUGUUCUCCAGAGGACUCCGCGUUGUCUCAAGGCGAGCUGCCAUGGCCGCUCCCCUCGCCAGACCAACUCUCGCCCCUCGACAGCUCGCGCCCGUCGCAUCCAUCGAGGCCAAGCGAUCAUAUCACGAGAAGGUCCUGGAUCACUAUGCGCGGCCGCGCAACGUUGGCUCCAUGAACAAGAGCGAUUCUGACGUCGGCACCGGCCUUGUGGGAGCUCCUGCCUGCGGCGAUGUCAUGAAGCUUCAGAUUCGCGUCGACCCGGAGACGCAGAAGAUCUCCGAGGUCAAGUUCAAGACUUUUGGCUGCGGCUCAGCAAUUGCCUCCAGCAGUUACCUGACCGAGCUUGUCCGAGGCAUGAGCCUGGAUGACGCUGGCAAGGUCAAGAACACUGAAAUCGCCAAGGAACUGUGCCUCCCCCCCGUUAAGCUGCAUUGCUCCAUGCUUGCUGAGGAUGCCAUCAAGUCGGCGAUUUCCGACUACUACACCAAGAACCCCUCACGGAAACCCACCGACCUGAGCGGCACCAGCAUGAAAAUGCCCACCGCCGAGGCUGUUGCGGCCUAGAGUGCGCCUUUGCCGCCGGUGAAAAACGAGGAUGGGGAAAAUUAAAUCGCAAUGAAUAUUUACUUGCUAUGUUUGGGCAUACGCUUUUUUUUUUUUUUUUCUUUUUUAUGCCAGCAAUGGUUCAGGAUGGGAUUUGGGGAAACAAGACAAUCACUGAAACUAGGCGUGUGGGGGUCAACCGACUAAGGGAAGAAGAAAAAGAGAAAAAAGAUGCAGAUUGAAACGCUUCUGUAACCAGGAUGCAGUUCCAGUGCACGCUUACUUUACUUUCUGUUCUCAUUCCCUUUUUUUU